UAUACAAACCAUCUCAUACGUCAAUCGCAUCUCAUACAUCUCAAAUGCCAUACAAUCGCAUCUCAUACAUCUCACAGCCCAUACAUCCAUCGCAUGUCAUACAGCCAUGGCAAGUGCUUUCACAGGGAUGGAUCCGCCUGCGAGAUUGAUUUCUGUUCUACACAGUUUAGGUUUUUUUCCAUGUUAAAACUAGACUCAAGUACACAUGUUUACAGAUGGCAAUUGGCAAAAAAAAUUACCAAGGGGUAUCCUGCAUCCUGCACUUGUAUAAAUAUGGCAAAAAAGAAAACACAAACCAUACAGGACCCUAGAGUAUGUUUCCACUUGUGCUGAACUGAAGAUAGAACAAAAACACUUGCAUUCUAAGAAAGUACAGAGAUGUAGAAGAUGUAGAUGAAAGUGCCAUUGCAGUAUUUAUGUAGAAUAAAAUACAAUUGCAGUAUAUGCUAGCAACAGGUUGCAGUAUAUAUGUAGAACAAUAACCCUUCCAGAAUGUCAUCAAAUAACUACCAUUUCUGUCUUCAUGAUUUUUGCCAUUCAAUAGUUGCAUAUGGGGAAUUCAAAAAGCACGGUUGGCGAACAUCAACCUGAAGAUGACGUAACUACAGGUCUUACAAGCGGGAGAAGUGAUGCAGAACACAAUGCGAGCAUCAUACCCGUAGCUGAAAUUGUUGAUAACGUCUACUCGACGGAAUCAGUCCUUACGGGCGGGAUAAAUGUUGGAGACUACAAUGCAAACUUCAUACCCUUACAUGCAGGGCGGGAACCUUCAAACGACGGGAUUCCGUCGUAUUCUGAGAAUAAUAAGGAUGGUACGACUAAGCUACGAGAUGAUACUCAAGAUGACAAAACUUCCGAGCAGCAUGCAACAGUAGCUGUAUUUAAUGAAGAAAAAAAACGUUGGCGAAACAAGGGAGCAGUUCAACGCACAGAGGCGUGAAUCUUAUCGGAAGAAAAAAGAGGAGGAUAUGGUCAGGUUACAAGAGUAUAAUCAGCCAUCCCUUUCAAAGACUGGUAAGUAUUUAA